AUGCCUGUUUUAGCCAGCCAAUUGGCACAUGCGCAUGGUCUGGGUGUCCUUUUCACCGGCAUUGAUUCUGCUGUGUGCUCUCUUAUAGUGCAAGGAAUUACUUCUUACCAGACCAAGCAGUAUAUUGAUCGUUACUAUCCUGAAAUUGGAGGAAAGCCGGAGUUUGUUGACGUUGAAGAGAGGGUGAGCACAACGUUCUUAGGGUUCAGGUGA